UACAAACAAAACUAAAACGGAUCGCCUUUCUCAUCGCGGUUCUUUGAAAAUGGCCGAGGGUCGUAAGAGAAAAACUGUCUAUGAGGUUUAUGAAAAUAAGAGAAAGGCCUCAGAGGAGAGAAACAAGACCAGAGUGUUUUUGGGAAUUUCUUUCACACGAUGGCGAACAUUGAAAGCGCAGGUCGGGCUUCCCACUGAUGCGUCGGUUGCGACAUUUCUACUCGACAGCGAGCACUUCACAGGCGACUGUCUGAUUAAUGUUGCGGACACAGUCCAGUUGAAACCCGGUGUGGUCCCAUCGCUGCGCACACAUAUGGGAACCGAGGAGAGCUAUGAAUUGAAGGCUGCAGCAAAAGAUGAAACCGGCAGCCAUAUUGCAGAGUCUCCUGAGACCUCUGCUGUCAUUGAAUCACCAGAAUCCAGUGAUCCGAGUGAAAUGGAUUCAGAUGAGGAAUGGAAACCUCCGCUGGGUGUUUUCCCUGUAAAAUUAUUUCCUGCUAAACAAAACAAUGAUUCUACAGACUAUAUUGAGUACUGUGAUUACCUCUCACUCACUCCCAUACACAAUCAGCUCUGUACAGACUGUGGAAGAUUCUUCGAUAAACGGAAACCUCACACAUGUGAGCACAAAGUGAAGCCCUACUGCUGUUAUAUUUGUGGAAAAAGAUGCGUCAACCAGGUGGCUCUGAAUUUUCACAGCAGAAUCCAUAAUGAGGACUACGAGUUUCAUUGCAAGUUCUGCAAUGUUACAUUCAAGUUAAAAGCGGAAAAAUAUGCACAUGAGCAGAUGCAUAUAACCCAAGGGAAGCCGUACAAAUGCCCAGACUGUUCAGAGACCUUUGCCACGAACAAGGAGCGCAGAAUCCACUUGGAGAAUCACAGAGGAACGAUAGAGUUAAAGUGUCGCUUUUGUGGCGUUGAGUUUCUCCGUGCUCUUUCCAUUCAGAGACAUUUAUUGACCCAUACUGGAGAAAAACCGUACAAGUGCUCAGUGUGUCAGCGUGGCUUCAACCAGUCGAGUCAUCUGAAGUCCCACAUGCGCCUGCAUACAGGGGAGCGGCCUUACAAGUGUCAGCAUUGUGAGAAGUGCUUCACUCACAAUGUGAGCUUGAAAAACCACGUGCAGCGUUACCACGCUGCACACUCUGCACCAGAGCAAAAAAAAGAUACAAAAAGCAGCCAGGAAAGUGACAGACAUCGCACUCAAUCUAAUGGGUUCAGAAAAAGCACAGAAGAAAGUGACAGUGAAGAAGAAGAAGAAGAAGUCAGCGAUUAUGAUGCAGAGGGGACAGAUGAUGAGAUGCAGACGGAGGGAUUUUAUAGAUCUAAAUCUAAAAGAAGGAGCACAGGAAGGCCUAUUGGACGCCCUAAAAACUUUAAAUUAAAGGCUGUGAAAAAUAGAAAAUUAAAUGGAAAGAAGCAAAAGAAAAAGCAAUUUACCCACUAAGAGAAUGAGCCAUCUGGGAUCAAACCUUCACAAGGAGAACAAUGAUUUAUUUAUUUUCCUCAGAACUUGUAACAGCUUUCUAGAAAGUUUAUUUUUAAAUAAACUGGUUUUCCAUUAAAACUGCUCAUCACAGCCUGUACAUGUGAAACAUAAUGAGUAAUUAUUGACUUGUCUAGUGUUCUGCCUGUAUUAAAAACAUUGCAAACAUGUAUUCAUGAUAUGCAAGAUGUAUUAAUCAAUUUUGAGGCUAGGCUAACUCUGUGUUGCUAAUUUUGAAUACAUAAUUCAGUGCCCUAUUUUACGAAAAAAUUGAAUUCAGAAAUCCAGGAUAAGGGAUAAAGUCAGGCUUGACAUAGCGUGAUAACUAGGUCCUGGCUUCAUCAGUUUCACAGACGACAAGCCAGGCUUAACAGGUGUAGCUAUUCACCUAAAGGUGGAAGUAAUGAAGCUAAAUGCAGGUAUGCUGCCUUCUUCAGGAGACAAUGAGCUGAAUCACAGAUUCACUAAUUCAAGAAAUGGUAGCACAUUGGCUAAAUGGCUUAAAUUAGACAUUUCCAAACCACUUGUUUGAACUGAAGACACCAUAAUCACAAAAGUUGUAAUUUUUCUCAAAUGAAAAACGUUUAACUUAAAAAUUAACAGUGGAAGCUAAUACUGUAAUGAGGUGACAGAUUUAUACAAUUGUUAUGCAAUAGGUUUCAUUCCCUCUGUGAGGUUUGGUGGUUUAAGUAUUUGACAUGAAUGUAGAAGACUGGAGAAAAUGUUGAUUAUGUACAAAUGACUUGGAAGUUUCCUGCAAAUGUAAUCAAUCCUCUUAUUUUCACUGAAAUAUUUCACCCUAUAAAUUAUUUUUUUCUUAUAUUAGAUAAGGUUUUUUUUUUUUUUUUGUAUCUUAGUUCUCUCAAAACAAUGCAUUAAGAUGGAUUGCUGAGUCAAAUUGCAGGCAGGGAUUUCUCCCUUUCAGCCUCUGAUGACAGAGUUGUUGGCAAAAAAGUACAGUCUCAAAUACUUCCAGCUAUUGACCUGAUAAAUGUAAAUAUAAUAAAAUUUUAAAAUGUAAAGAAAUGUGAAUUGCAUGCUCCUAAAUGUUGCAACGCUCCUAUCUGUGACAUACCUGUAAAAGACGCUUUUUUUUUUUUUUUUAAGAAAUUGUCCUCACUAAAGAUAAGGAGGCCAGAUGAAAUUACAAUUUUAACCAUUGACAUAAAUAAAAAAAAUGAUUAAAAAAUGGUUUCAAAGAGAUUUGCAUUUGAGAGGACUUUUCUCACUAAAGCUGAGGAAAUAUCCCAUCUAACAUGCUACUCCAUCCCUCCAUGCUCACAGUAAAGUCUUAUAAGGACCAGAUGAUAUUUAAUUUAUAGUGAGGGGCAGAAUAACGACAGCUGCUCUUAACUUUUAACACCUUCAAUAAUAGCCUCAAAAUAAAUUGGCCAAAGCCAUUAAGAAAUCUUUAUCUAGAACUUUAUACCAACUUUUAUUUUCCCUAAAUUAGUACACCUGAAUUUCCUUUUUAUUUUCAAUUACAAUUUUAUAAAAUCCCCCCCAAAACUAACUUUCAUAAACCAAUGCUUUUCUCCACAUAGAUACUAUGGAUGUUACGACAUCUUAUAGUGAAAAAAAUCAUUUUAGUCCUAUUGGUGCAUCUGUUGAAUUUUUUAAGACUCUUUAGUGACAUUUCAAGAAUUUGAUUUAAAAUAUGGUAGUAUACUUCUCUUUAAUGGUUAUUGUAUUACGUAUUU